AUGGUUGCCGCAUGGAUCCGACCAGCAGCGCGACGCAGCCAGUACAGGCGCCCACCCAGAGCCUCCAAAGCGACCAUCAGGCAAUGCAGGUACCGGCGGUCUCCAAGGCGGGAAGGGGCGCUGGGCCUCGCAAGAACACUCCACUGCUCUCCACCACAUAAACCCGCGACCAUGCCACAAAAGGCACACGCAGGGAACCCUCCAGACCCGACCAAUACUAUGCAGUGCAGCAUGAUCCGGAUUCCUGCGGGCGACGCCACAAAACAAAGGUUGGAGCGACUGCUCCCCCCUCAAGGCACCACUGGAGCUGACUCCCGGUAUGGAGACAUCACACCCGGAGACCCCAAAGCAUGGACUCAUAUUGGCACUGACCGGGACUUCCCAACACUAGGCAUUGGCUGA